UGUUGAAAUUAUUGAUAUCAUAUUGAUAACAGAGUUUAUUAAAUCUUUCUAUCGAAUAUAAAUACCACGAGAUUUUCGCGAAAGCAUAGUCAGUCAGUUAAUAAAUUGUGUACAGUUAUCUAAAUGAAGUGUUUAAUUAUAAUUGCAUUUGUUGCUCUACAUGCGCAAGUAGAUGCUUUUUUCUUAAACAGUCGCAUAAUAAAUGGUCGACCUGCUCGGCCAGGACAAUUUCCCUAUAUAAUAUCAUUGAGGUAUAAUAAUAGCCAUGUCUGUGGUGGUUCUAUAAUAUCGCGUAAUUAUAUACUAACAGCCGCCCAUUGCCUUGCGAAUCAAAUUGAUGGAAAUAGAUUUAAUAUUCCUCCUUCGCCUUUCUCUAUACGUGCUGGUUCUAUACAUUUGGAAGAGGGUGGCGUCGUCAUUCCGGUUGCUGAGACUAUACAACAUCCGGAAUAUAGUAUUAAUUCGUUGGAUAUUGGUUUAGUCAGAUUAGCACAACCAUUGAAUUUCACUGAGCAUAUAAAUUGUAUAAACCUUGCUGAAUCCGAUCCACCAACGAAUGCAAGUAUCGGUGUAGCUGGUUGGGGCAAUACAGGCAACGGGCAAAGAAGAUCAGAAAUUCUGCAACAUAUCACUUUAUCAAGUUUAACAACACAAGAAUGUAGUAGAUUAUAUUCGAACAUUCACGAAUCGUCGCUUUGUCUUCUGCCUGAUCCAGUUCUCCUUAAUGGAAUUUGUCAUGGAGAUUCCGGUGGACCAGCUGUUUACAAUGAUCAAUUGGUAGGCGUUGCAAGUUACGUCAUGGGCGGAUGUGGUACUGCGUAUCCAAAUGUGUUCGUUAGUGUAGCACAUACUAUGGAUUGGAUUCGAGAGAACUCAGAUUUAAAUUAAAUUGCUUCAAUGUAAAUAACCUAAAAAAGCCUAUGAAUAUAACUUUUGAAAAGCAGCAAACCAAAGAAACAAAAAAAAAAAAGAAAGAAGUUUUGAUAUUAUUGGUUGAUUUCUAAAACAAGUUUGAAAAUUAUUCAAAGAGUUCCGAGCUCUUACCUCUCUCUCUAUAAGAAGUUGCUCUUAGAAUGAAUGCCAUGAACAAACAAGUCCGUCUGGUGUGUGUUUGGCUUGAUAGGCAAAUCAUAACACCAUAAGCCUGUUUUGA